UGGAAAAGCCCUGGUGUCUCGGCUGGUCCAGUGACCAACCCUGAAUGAAGAGAACGGUAACUUACUCAUUAUAGCGAGGACGUCGUUUGCAUUUUGCUGCAGAGAGGAAGCCUUGAGUUCUCUUUUUGUCAAGAGUUGCUAAACAAGUUACAGGAUUUUUUUUUUAUGUUAACCUCGACAUUGUGGAGCAACAGUUGAUAAGAUGACUCUUGAUAUCGGGGUGAUUGAAGUCGCGAAUAGAAGACGGUUCUGUUUCUAAAGGCUUGGCUGGAAGUGCUGUCGCUGCGGUCCGACCGGCGGAGGGGGACCAGGCGGAGGCUGUACCGAACAGAGUAGAAUACUUGAAGUGGACGAGAGAAUUUUUGUUUGUUUUUUUCUUUUGGACGCAACAGUGUCACCCCCUUCCUUUUAAUUCUGGAGGGAAACAUUCCGAGUGUAACAUGAGAAAGAGCUCGUGAGCCAUUAGAAAAGUUGUUACAGACUUUGUUGCUGGGCGCCUUGUUUUUGAAAUUUGACAGUCCCAGUUUUUUUUUUUUUUUUUUGGUCUAAAGCUUCAUACUAUCUGUCAGUGGAUGUAUGAGUAUGGUGGAGAGUCGGACCCAUGUACAGAGGGAAGGAGUGUACUGCUGGUUCUCCUCACUCACCUCUGCCCAAAGAGCCGAGUUCCUGUGUGGCCUGCUGGACCUCUGUGUGCCCAUCGAGCUUCGCUUCCUCGGUUCCUGCCUGGAAGAUUUGGCCCGCAAGGACUACCAUUCGCUCCGGGAUGCAGAAAUCAAAGCGAAUAACCCCGCGGAUUUAUCCGGACUCACCAAUAUUACGGACGAGGUGGUGCGGAGUAAACUGUUGGUGUCUCUCGCCCUGCUCGGCUCGGACAACCGGGAGGCGGCGGGGGUCUUGUACCAGACCUUAACGCACAUUGACACGGUGAUCAACAACUACGGUCUGGCCUUGAACGACGGAAGGGCCGAGGAGCAGUUUCUCUUGCUCUUCACCAUGGCAUCAAACCACCCUGCUUUCAGCUUCCACCAGAAACGGGUUCUGAGGCAGCAGCUCCUUCACAUCCAGGACGUCCUGCAGGUGAGCUGUGGAGGAGCGGGCGUAGAAGGUCAAGGUGCAGGUCCAUGUGGUGGUCAAGUGUCUCUCUCUUACACUCAGUUGCAUCACAACUAUGCCCACCACAGUGUGUCUUUGUCUCCCUCGGGCCACUCACUUACUGACGCAAGCACUGCCGCUUUGCCUGUGUCUGCUGCUCAGCUCUGUCAUUCACCUUGCACCUGCUGGCACAAGAAUAAAACCAGGGAAACUGGUACGACCCCUGUUCUGGGAUCCGAGGUGAAAACUGUGAAAGUAGCCCAUUCGGUCGGCCAGGAACCAAACCCUCCUCACCUGGAUCUCGCACCUCCUCAUCACCUUCCUCCUCCUUCAGCUUCAGGGCAGGGCCAGGAAGCUGCAGGACAAACUAAGAUUCAUCAGGCAAAAAGAGGGACAGUGGCAGUUGACAGAGUUGCACUGCGAGGAGUGACGCACAAGUUUGAAGACAAAAGUGAUUAUAUUUUUGAGGUCAGCUGGUCUGAUGGCUUUGUCUCAUCAGUUGUCCGAAGUCAACAGGAAGUGACUGAGCUACUUUCACAGUUGUCACAGGCCUUUCCUGAUGAGCGAAUGGAGAAGCUCUUGUCUAGUGAGUCUGACGCCAGAUGUCUGACAGUGUUGCCCAGCCAUGUCCUCCAGCACCACAGCGUCCAACUCUUCUUCACCUCCACCAGACCUCUAUCACCCAAACCCCAGUCCCCCCUCUCUUCCUUGCUCCCCAAUAUGCCUUCCUCUCCUCCCACAGCUCCUGUCAUCCCAACCUACCCAUUCACUUCCAACAAUUCUAGCUCAUCUAGCUGUAUGAUGCAGUACAGAGGGACCGGCAGGGCGGUGUACAGAGUGGCCAGUGUCCAGCCUGUUGUCAGCACUCAUAAUUCUGCCUUGGCCUGCUCCUCCCCUCACCUCUCUUCUCUCCCUCCCUCACAUCCUUCUCCACAACACUCCCCUCAGCUGUCCUCUCUCCCUCCCACGGUGCCACCCUUGCCCACACAGGGCUUCCUCGCCGGCAGAGGUGACGCUUCCUCCCAGCCGCACUCCCAAAGCAAACCAUGUCCUUCACUUCAACAGCACACGUAUUCUGACCCUCAGCAGUCCUCAUUUUACCCGUUGCAACUACAGACCAGCUGUCACCUCGGUGCCCAAGCCCCGCAUUUGCCCCAUUCUCAGUCCCUUUCGUAUUCACUAUCUCAGUCCCGUACCCAGCACCACGCACAGUCUCCAUCACAGUUGCAGGUGAACACACCAGAGCAGAACGGCAUCUUGGAUUGGCUGCGCAAGCUUCGCUUACAUAAAUACUAUCCGGUGUUCAAACAGCUGACAAUGGAGGAGUUUUUAGCACUGACAGAGGAAGACUUAAACAAGUACGACUUAACCCAGGGAGCAAAGAAGAAACUCAAGACUCAGCUGGAGUUACAGAAGUCAGCAGACCGGGAGAUGAAGAUAGAGAAACGGACAUGUAGUGGUAUUGCUAGAGUUACGCCAUCCAGUCAUAUGGGAUCCUCGACCCACACCUCAACCGCAGUAGAGCUGCGAGUGGAGCUGGACACAGUGCUGCACCAUCACCCCGUCCACACAGACAGCAGCUCAUCCUCAGGCUACUCCAGCUCUUCUUGUUCCCCAAGAACACCAUUCUGCUCUGACUCCACUCAGGACAGGAGCAGAGAUAUUUACAGGCGUCCAGAUACGGGAGCAGGCGGUCAAGAAAAGGAGCGCUCGUGCAUUUUUGUCCUGAACUCUAGCUGCCCCACAGGUCCCAGUCGCCCUACGGCACAGGUCCUUCCUGUCCAGACGGACCCGGCCGCUCUCGUUGUCCCAUCCUGCUCUUCCCACCUGCCAUUCGCUCUGUCUCACUACCACCCGCAAGGCAGCUAUCCUCAAAGCCCUCUCUCGAACCAGGCCCGUAUUCUGUCCUCCCCACGAAAGCCAAGGCCACCCCCAAUAUGCGCAGAGGACAGGACUAAAGCGCAGGCCUCGGGCCCGCCCGGUACAGGCAUGAGCGUAAAGUUGGAGAACCUCCUCCCCAGGCUCAAGCUCAAGGCGGAUGCCUCCACCUCUCUUCGUGACAGUGAAGGCUGUCUCAGUUUUACGGGGGCUUCGGUGGGUCUGAUGGUUGAGACCAGUUGUGCUCUGACCUCCACCUCAAACAGCCUCCAUCACGUGUCGCAACCGCCACUCCACUUUCACCUCUCCUCUUCUUCAUCCUCAUCUCCAUCCAUAUACUACUCGUACCCACCUACAUUUUCCUUUGCUUCUUUCGUCACCUGUAGUCCUUCCACAAAAUCCCUCUCACAAACUGCGAGCUCAGGUGGUGCCGGUGUCUCGGUUUCCAUGGCGACUGCAAGCAGUGUUCCUAUCGCCGCAGUGCCCAGCAACAUCUACUACCCUCAGCAAUCCACCCCGGGCCUCUCCGGCUCCUCAAGCGCUCUUUUGGAUCAGAGUCCAAGCCACAGCCACUCCGUGUGCGUUUGCAGUUCAUGCGGAUGUCGGGGCAACUGCGGAGCAUACGGCGCCUCGCCCGGUUACUUACCUGGAUCCAGCUACUUGCAGCCGUUGUCAGCCAGCUCUGUCUUUACCCUGGGCCCUCUGCUCCAUCUCGGCCCCCUAUUGGCCACGUCAGGCGCCACGGGCACUGCUAGCGCGCCCUUUUCCUACGCAGUGAUGGCGCCAUCUCCCCUCUACUGCCAGAGCCCUGGCUCACAUGACCGGCAAAAGGCCUUUAGCUUCUACCAGCCUCAUGGUAUCGUGGGAAACGGGGUCCAAAAGCGAAUAGCGGGGAGCCUUUCUUGUUACAACUGCGGCGGUCACGGGCACAGAGCAGAGGACUGCAAACAACCACCCAUGGAGUCGUCACAGCAAGGUACUUUUCGAUUGAAGUACACGCCGCACCCUGAUAGUAAGACCUCAGGGGACUGACAAGGCCACAGUCAAUUUGAAAACCCUCAAAUGUUUUUCCCCAAAUACAGUUGAGCAUUGCCACAAUGCAGAAUGGACAGCAGCUGAAUUAAAUGUGCACUUGACAAGAGGGCAUUCAAUAUUCCAGAAGGAAACCAGCGGGUCUUUUCACAACAUUCGGAUAGGAAGAGAGGUUUUUAUAGGACAAAGACACAGCAGAAACAUCACAUUUACAGACCACCCCUUACGAAAGGAAAAUAUAUUUACCAAUGUAUUACUUGAAAUAUACCGUUAUAUUUUAACUACCUGGAGUUAUUUUAUGAUAAUUGGAAAAUCUAAAUAUGAAAUUUCAUAUAUGAGAAAAUAUUGCAAGAUAUUUUCCUAUAUACUGCAAUUUAUUGUUGUUUUGUAAGGGACAAAACACCUUAAUAGUUUAUCCUUCCGCAUCAUGCUCAAGUUUGGCCAUUUUUUGUAAAAUGGUUCUUUCUGUACAUUCUGGCAUCAAAGUGUUUUGGUCUUUUUUUAACAGAUUUGUUUCUUUUCCUUUUAUCCUAACUGGGCUUCUUAACAUCCUAUAAGGGGUUUUGAUAUUAAAUUUUAUAACCUGGUACAAAUAAUGACUGCUAGGGGGCGCUAAAUAGUGUAUUUGGAAUGGCGUACCGCACGCAGGCUAUUUUUAGACCGUGACGUCGCAUCGUAAAGUGGAAGUAAAGCCGAAGUGGGACAUUAUAGACCCGCCCUCGCAUAGACACAACGUAUUUUGUGCUACUUUUCUCCGGUAAUCUUUCAAAAACGAACAUGCCGAUCAAGCAUUGCUUUUUUGGAACUUGUAGAAAUGACUCUAGACAUUACGACACAUGAAGGAUGUUUUCUUCAUACGUUUCCGGAAACCAAAAACUCAGGAGGAAAAAUUGUGAAGACCGAAUCAACUUGCGCGGACUUUAACACUAGCUUGGUGAAUCCAUUCACAUUUCAUAUGCAGUAAACAUUAUGUUGGGUUUGCAUGGUCUUUUAGAGGACAAAAAGGUAAGCCAUUUUUAUAUUUUUAACGUAUUUUUUUAGCGUAACGUUGUGCCAUACUGCCUCUGUCUGACAAUGAAUGACCUGAAAAGAAUUAUAAUGGUAUCUGACUGCCACUGUUACCGUUUCUGUUAUAUAUAUAUAACAACUUUAGAAAGGGGGAAGUGUAAAUAAAUUAUAGAAAUAAGAUGUGUUAUCAAUGAAAAAAUUAAAAGUGUUCGUUGGCUGUCACUGAGUCGCAUUUGCGAUCGCUACACAAAGCUAACUAAAUUACCCCCAAGAACGGUAAGAGACGUAGGACAUACAGAGGAUAUAUAAGAAAGACAGGGCUGAUGAUAAAGGAUAGCUUGUUGAAACAGAAGAAUGGCAUUGUCAGUCGCGUCGAUAAAAAAGCUAAGGCUAUGCUUAGGUCGGCUCUUUUUUUUCGUCUUUUUCAGCCUUCGACACUCAAGCCAUCUCUUUAACUGAACAUUUUUAUGUUCGUCCACAUCUUUGCCAGUGAAUUUGGCACCAGACACAUCAUUUUCGGAGAGAAUUGGUAGGUUUAGCUCUGUAAACAUCUCCGUCGUACACGAUUUCCAUUCAUUUCCUAUUAGGGACAAACCGUGGCUUGUCCCUACUUAGCAACAGUAGCUAAUGCCGUGAAUAUUAAUGAGCGGAAGUGACGAGUUGCUUGCGGUACGCCAUUUGUCUUUACAUGGUAUCAAAGAUUGCACCUGUCUUGACCUGCCUGCCGAUUUUGGUGCAUUUUGAAGCAUUUUAAGGGGGUCAAAUUGAGCUCAAAGGGGCUGCGGAACAAAGAAUAACUAUAAAACCGAGGAACCACAAUAAGUUACCUAAAAAAAAAACAUUGUCACCUGCAUGUCCAUACUGUUCAGUUAUGGAUGUGUUCUAAGUCAAAUGAAAUCACAACAAUCACAACAACAGUUAUCUCAAGGAGAAAACAAAACAUGUUUUAAGGUGCGGUAGCCCUACGCUGGAUUUCGACCUACUUGAGCAUUGUAGCUUUUUUUUUUUUUUUUUUUUUUUUUUUGCCCCCUCCCCAGGUAAGACUA